UUUCACAAUAAUCAAUUUGCUAGCUACUGCUCUACUGCUAAGGUAUUAUUUAUAUAUUCAAUAUUAGUCCUAGUAGGGAGGGGAGGUGUUCUCCUGGACUUCGGGUGAGGAAGACGAUGGAAGACAGUUUCCGGUUCGGUGGACAGGGUUUUUGGGUCGCUCGUCUCUUCUUCUCCUUCCAAUAAUCGCAAUAGUAACCAUACGCCGCCGUCGUCGUCGUCUUUGACUUCUCUUUGGAGCCUCUCCGACCAAGAGAUUGAGAGAAAGGAAUGGAAGAGAGACUCCCCGACUGCCCUCCUCGUUCCCCUUCCCCGCCUUCCAACCUUCACCACCCUCUCCUCUCCUCCUCCUCCUCCUUCUCGCCUUCCACUGCCGCCCUAUCUCUUCCUCCACCUCACCGACAGCACCUCUAUCCCGACCGCGGUAACUACGACCACCAGGACCACAUCAGGAAUAACGAGGAGCAGGAGGAGGACAAUCCGGCGGGCAAAGGCCACCAAGAUCACGAGGACGGACAAGAUUGGGAUAUUCGAUCCUCCAUUGGCCUCGACUGCACUCUUGACUUUGAGGAUGAGGAAGAUGAAUAUGACAAAGUGGCUGUAGGCAGGGAAAAAGCUGGUGAAGGAUGCUCCCAGAGACCCCGUGCAAAUCACAUGGCUGCUAAACUCAGGCUCAGGGAAGAUGCAGAAGCUGCUGGAGAUUUUGAUACCUCCAAACUUUCUGAGAUGUGCAUGUCGUCUCUAACGAAUAGACAGGGUCAACAAAAAGUAGAGGAUCUUGUCACUCCGAAACCAAUUCUGAGGAAGAGGGAAAACCCCAUCCACAAGAAGUCACCGAAACGUGUCCGCUUCCAUGAGCAGCAGCAGCCUAAUUUAGGACCAAUGAUUCGGCUCUCGUACUUGUUCGCCAGAAGAAAUUUCCUCCUCAGAAGAAGCACUUGAUUUGCCUGGCAAUCAAUCUUUAGUGGUAGAAGCUAAAGCAUCAGAUGUUGAAUCUAGUGUCCCCCUGAAAUCCUCCUCCAGUGGAGAAUCUGCUUUGCUGGAGGAUGCGUCUACUGUGCCUCGAGUUUCUAACUAUAUUCCGGACUAUUUAAGGAACCCCACAAGGUAUACACGCUAUGAUCUCGCUUCAUCCUAUGAUACAGAUGAAGAAUCCAAUCGGAAGGCCUACAUGGAGUUUCUGAAUCAGGUGAACCCUGCAGAAACGCACCCCGACGAGGCAUCUCUCACUUUUCAACAUCCGUUGACCUUUACUCCAAAAAAGAAGGAGCAUGACUUGUCGAUGGUGAAGGAGAAUGGGGUUAAGCAAAACCAGGUUGAAGUUUCAAAGGACAAACCCAUUGCUGUUGGCAUUGCAGCUGGUGAUGCCUAUGCCCAGGACAAUGAAGUCUGUGCUAUGGAGGAAGAUGGGUUUGAAACUGUGGUUUGUAAAAACUCACAGAAACCAGGUCGCAGGUACCGGAGUAGGACUAGGACGGGUAUGGAUUCUGAUGAUCAUGUAACUUGAGUGCAACUUCUUCAGCAUAUUGCUGCUGAUGGAAUGGGAUCCUCCGGUAACUGGUUAUCACUCUGAAAGAAAACUUGACAUCUACUUUCUUGAUGCUUAAUAGUUGCUUUACAAAAUGUUGAGUUGGUAGGCGAUGUAAUCUCUGAAAGACCUUGCAGCUUUCUACUACACGUUUGGAGUAUAUGCCAUUCUGUGGAGUUGACCA